CAGUUGUCAAUUUGUCACUGAAUUUUUAAUUUCGUUUCGUACGCCUUGAAGCGUUUUUUUACGGAAAAUAAAUAGAUAAUAGUUUAAAUAAUAUAAAUCCAAUAUGGAUGUCUUUCUAAUGAUUAGGCGAAAAAAACUAACCAUCUUCACUGAUGCGAAGGACACAACGACUGUACUAGAACUGAAGAAAAUGAUAGAAGGUAUCCUGAAGGUGCCACCUCCGAGCCAGAUGUUGUUCAACAAAGACAGCAACCUUAUGGAUGAUGAGAAGACCUUGGCUGAAUAUGGACUCACAUCGGCUACGGCUAAAGCUCAAUGUCCUGCUCCUAUUGGUUUGGCUUUAAGGAAGGAGAAUGGUGAAUUCGAAGCCCUGGACCUGACCCCGUACUCUUCGCCCCCGGAUCUGCCUGACGUCAUGAAGUCCCAGGAGACCAAUGGACAGGAACAGAUGGAUCAUAACUAAGAGCGACAAUGUGAACAUGCAAUAACUACGGGCGCGGUCACAUGUUCUACCCCCGCCAGCGCCCAGGACUAACGCCUUAACUAUAUUUUUUGCCUAUGAACAUAUUUUGUUAAUAAUUUAUCAACGAUUUGUGUUCCAUUUUAACAUUAAUCUGCUGUGCUUCGGUCACAUUUGUGGUUAUAACUAUUGUUUAAAGGACUGAACUUUGUCCAUAGAAGUAACAACUAAUACUAAGUAUAUUUUAACCGUGAUUUAAAGAGGAACUGAACAUAAUAAGCCUCAGCUCAGAAACGGCGGGAACUUCGUUCCCGCGCAUUUUCAUACCACAGAAUAAUUUUACUCCUUUAUGAUUUUUACGCACGUAUAGAUUCCUGGCCAAUUAGUAUGACAUCCAAGAAUUCUGUGGUGUAAAAAAGCGCGGGAACGCCGCGUUUCCCGCCGUUUCUGAACUGAGGCUAAAGAAAGACACUUUUUAAUGCGUGUAAGUCUUAAAGUUAGUACGAAAGGAAUUAUGGUACUUGGAAUAAUACAACGAAACAUCAACUUAAUGUUUUGAAAGUAUAACACGCAUGUGACCGCAGCAUCAGUCUACACGUUUCUUUAUAGUAUUUUGUGAUGCUUUGUACAAGAAGUGUAGCGCUUUUGUAGUGUUACCCUACGAAAAAUACAUUUCACUUCGGUAAUAUUUAAGGUUCCACACACAAAGAAAUUGAGGCAAGGUACUUUUAAUUACUGAAAUAUGGCAAGUCGAGUAGAAAUAUUGUAUUUCUCAAGUGUAACUAGAACGGCGUGGUUUCAUUGUGUUUAGAACUUUAGAUUCAAUGUAUUACUGCGAUUAAGUAGUAGCAAAGAAUUUGGAAGAAUUUUGAAUUUAACGCCUCGUUAUUGGCACUAAAAUAUUAUUACAAACUAUUGGUUUUACUAAAAAAAACUACCGGAGGCGUUCUAAAAAUAAAUUUAAAUUCAACAGUAUUCUACCAAAUUCAUUGACAAGUUUAAUUAGAAAAAAUGUUUUUUUUUAUUCGAUCGCGUUAGCGUAUGUCAUUCGUUGGAAGGCUCACUAAACGCCUGCUAAAGAACUCAUCAUUAAAAUUACAUUCACAUUAACAUUUUAUGAAACUAGAAAGUCUAGAUCAAUUCGUGCCUAUAAUUUUUGCACUAAAAAACUAAUUAUAAUAAUCGUAUGGCUAACAGCGAUGCAGUCAGUCACUCCAAUGAUAUUGUAGUCUCGAAAGUAAGAAGUUUGGUGUCGGCUCGAGGGUUCAAACUACGAGUAGGCAGAAACUAGAUUGAUAGCAUAGAAUAAAGAAUAGUUCUAUGUUUAGAACUGUAACUCUUCGCCCCGCGCCAAUUCGUAUCUCACCCCCUCUGGGUCUUACUUUAGUCUCAAAUAGCCGUAAGCCGCUAAGUAGUAAGAAGAAGAGAGCGGACUAUAUCUCGUUCGCACCUGCGCAUUAGGCAGCAAGCAAGUAUGAGAUAUUUAUAUGGAGUAUGCGGGGUGUGCUGAUAGUAAAAAUAGCUCAAUUUAUGAAACUAGACAAUUACAACUUUCCUAGCUUUCACUUCUAAGUCGACGUCUUAGGAACACCUAUUGAAUCUACAUUUUCAAUCUUAUGUAUUGUGAAAUCUGUUAUAUCUUGCAAAGCAUGGCGCAGGCGCUAUGCGAAAGUUACUUUUAUAAAUAGCUGUAAUCCUAAGACUUCUGUUAAUGAAUAAUGGUGAAUAUGCUAGGAACUAUUAAGUACGCCACCUAGAGAACUGAUUUGUUUCGCGAAUUCUGUGUAAAAUAGUCGAGUAUCGUGCGUUGGAACCCUCGGACGCCGCGGUUUUAUCGCUUUGCGCUUCACAAAUUUCAUCAUUCGAAAAUGGUAACUAUUUUUCACUUCUUACAUAGGGACGUACAGUCAUAAACAGUAUCAUGUACCCACUUUAGAACCCUGUCGCACUAACAUAUUUGACAUUUAAUGAGUCUUACUGUUUACUUUUUCAAAAAAGUUAAUGUGACAUGGUAUCAAAGUGUUACAUAUUACUCGUGACCGUACAUUUAUAUCGUCAUUGUUUACGCCUCAUGUGUAAUCUGCAUAUUGGUGCUAAUUCCUGUAAAUACCAUCUAAUUUUAUUUUAAGUUAUAUCUGUCAUUUUCUUAUCCGCCGAAAAGGAAAGGGACGAGUAAUCGACAAGCAUAAAAUUUAUGGAACACACGUCAAUUUUAAGCACAAAUCUAAACCAACCGUCUAAAAAUUUUACAUCCGUCAAUAACCCGACACGGUUAAGUAGACAGCACGUCAAACGGAUUGCAUACCAGAGACGUACCUUUUGAUUCGCCCGGGUUAUUCAUUCAUUUACUCAUUCUUCCUAAAAUUAAGAGCUGUGAAUCAUCCGUCCCUUUCCUUUUCGACGGAUAUGAAAAUGACGGAUAUCACUUAAAAUAAAAUUAGGCGGUGUCUGCAGGAAUCGGGGCCAUUACGUCAUGUAAAUUGGUUUAUAUUUAUAAAUAAUGAUUCUAUUUAAAGCGUUAUUAUUAUAUAAACUAAUUUAUACCGUAAAGUUUACUCUGUGUUUUGAUGGCAACAAAUAUGAAACCUUAAAACGGUUAGGUAUUAACACUGUUUUAAGCGUAGGGAAACUCACAAAGAGAAAAUUAUAUCUAUUUUUUUCGAUCUAUGGUCGAGAUAUUGAUUGUAAAAAAAAUCAUAUGGAUAGGAUGAGGUGGUGUGGUUAACACGCUCAACCCGGCAUGACAACUCAGACUCAGAUCUUUUCGGUUUAAUUUUCUCUUUGUAGUUAAGUAUCAGUGCGUUUUUUUUAGUAAUACAUAGCCGAAUAAUACUGUUGUUUGUUGACAUCAAUAUCUUUUACUCUUAAAGUGUGGUGGUUAUGUAGUGUACCUAGUAUUUGAGUACGAUCUGCCAGAAAAGUAGUCGAAUAACAAAAAGUACUCAUCUGCGUUCGCUGCUACUUUUUGUUCUAGAAUACAAUUUGAAUUAAUAACGAAAUUAUAUCAAGAUUCUUGCAAUAAUUACUUUAGUUACUGAUGUAAUAGACGGACUGUACGAUUUUAGGCUACUAGUAACAUUGGAGUUAGAAUUUAACCAUUAAACUUACCUUUAUCGACUGAUUCCGCAAGUAUUUAAUUAGUAUAAAAAUUUAGAUUAUGAAAUAAAAAAUUUCAAGGAAACACCUGCGUCGUUACAGCAUAAAUCCUUACCAAAUGGAUAUUUAAAAAAACAACUCAUGUUAUCAAAACAUACUCCAAUGUUACUACAUCUCUUCCUCAUUAACAUGUAAACUCAUAAAUACGUGUUUAAUAAAACAAUGAUACUGUAUUCAACUGAUAAUAGUAUAGAAUGGAAUAUAGUUAUAGCUAAUUUAAUUAAUAGGUAUAUAGUAAGGGCUUUUUAUAUGUCAUACAAUCCAUUGUAUUCUUCUAACAUUCUUUAACAGACUAUGUAGUUAUCGGACGCGACUUUCACGUGCAUACUAUCUUUAUGAAGAACAAUAAUACGUAUAGAACGGACACUCUCUGCCCCGCACCUAUUCGUAUCGAUGCCGGGUUAGAUUUACCUCACCCCCUCGCUGGGUCUCACUUUAGUGUAAAUGGCCGAGCAGGAUGGGACUGUGCUGACUGUGUCCUGAAACAGAUCUGGCGGGUUAAAAUGCAUCGAAGCAAUUCAUCUAUGAAAACAAUACUGCAAUUUGACAUUUGCGCAUAUAAAAGUAAGUGCGCAAUGCAAACAAAUGUCAAAUAGCAAUAUUAUUUUCUUAGACGAAUUUAAUUUAACAUUUUAACCUCCUUGGUAACACGGAAUGGCACUUUCCUAUGCUUCUAUCCUUUCCUAUCACUCAUUUGCGAUAGAUAAUGCGACGGCACUCGGCGGAAUCGACGAGGCGGUCGGACUCCCGCUCUUUAUCACACUCUAGCAAAUGACGGUUCUGAGUGACAGAAAAGGAUAGAAGCAUACCAAAGUUCGACGCGGUAAGGCGGUACAGUAAGAACUAGCUUUUUAUAUAUGGAAUUUCCGGGCAACUCAAUACUACUUAGGGUUAAUCUGAGCGUCACAAAAUAAAUAGCCCUUAUGGGUACCUACCGGGGUCAGCAGAAUGGAACCGGGAUUUUUGUCGUUGGUAAAAAUAUUAAAUAAAAACCAAGCAUGUAUAAAAACUACCGUACCGGGACUCCUAGGGAGUCUCACAUCCCUGAUAAAUGCGGUUAGAACCCGGUAUUAUGUGUUUUUUAUUAUAAUAAAAGCCGCGUAAACCUCAAACAAUGUACAAGCAUGUAUUGGUUAAUAGAUAUUCACCUCUUUCUUUUAUAAAUACUUUUUUUUCCGUUAUAUUUCACGUGAAAAAAUCUCACACUGGUCCUGUGUGGCACCAGAUUGCCUCUCAAUUGGGGAGCGUGGGUUCAAACCUCGGUACUUGUACCUUAUGUAAAAUUCUUGUGCUUCGAAGGGUUUACGGUAGGUUUGCGCCUCUUGCAAUAGAGCGUCGUGAUAGAGUAUGCUCUAUACCUCAAUCUAACCGGCAUGUGUAAAGUCAGUAGGUACUAUGACAGUUGUGUGUUUCUGGAAGUGUCAUCGGCUAUAGUUUGUUUUAUGUAUAUUAUACUAUAUUUCGAGAAAUGUUAAAAAUAUGUAGCGAAUCUGUAAUCGAAAUAUUUGUAUAUUAUCAGUUAUGUUGAAUAUCUAUGAAUUCGAAAUGAAAAAGAAAUGGUAGGUAUGCAUUUGUGAGUCUCGUCCAGUAUCUCUCUUGAGUUGUUUAUUGUGAUUGCUGUAUAAAGGAAAUCGAAUUCACCUAGUUCCUGAAACAUCGCGUUUCUAUUGUUUUCUUUUUUUAUCUAUUUUUUGUAUUUGCACCUUUGUAAUGUAAGAUGUUGUGUAUAUUUUGAUUGGGGUUCGACUUGUCUUCGCUAACCCCAUUAUUGUAACGCUAUAUGGGUACGGAUUGGCGGAACUGUAUACUUAAUUACGAUUUUAUAUAACCGUACCUAACACCAGUUGGAGUAUAUAUUUGUACAUUUAUUUGAGUUUAAAGAACAGUAUACCUUUUAUUUUCCGUCAUAAAAGUUCAUGCAACGUUAGAAUUUAGGGUAUUUCUUAAGACAAAACAUACUAUAGGUAUACGCGACAAUUGUUACUUCUCCUAAUGUAUCUUCCCGACAAAAUGAACUUAUUUUUAUAUCAAAUUUUUUGGUUCAGCCAAAUACGUAGUUCCGCCAAUCUCGGUGCAUAGCUAGUAAAAGCAAUAUCGAGGUGAACACUCGCUACCAAAUGAAUACUUCCUUUUCAUAAUAUAGAAUAGUUUGGUAAAUAUUGCACGAUAUCGCACUGUGACAUAGGAUAGAAGAUACUUCAUACAGAUACGUGCUUUGUGACUCUACCACUUUGAAAAGUUAGUGUUGUCUAUUUGAUUUUGAAAGCUCAUAUAACGCCACUACCCAGAUAGUACGGGCAGUCUAUUUAUAUAGAAUUUUCUUUAAUAUAUAUGACGCUUUUAAAUAAUCCGUUUUAUACGCGUCAUUCGAUUCUUUCAUCAUUGGUACCAGUAAAAUUAUAGAUACCGUUGUUCUUCGUAAUAGAAUAGCUAAAACAAGGAGUAACUAAUACCUACUACGUGCUAAAGUGAAAACAAUCUUUUGUAAUACUCGUUUAGCUGUUAAUACAUUAGGCAAUAGGGACAUUAGAUAACAAAAUUACAAAUAUCUGGCUCUCUUCUAAAUUGAAAUCUGUUAUUGUAAGUGUACUUACUUACAAUAAAUUAGUUUACAAAAUACAAUGUAUACUAUUUAAGAGGGUACUUGAGGAAAUACCUUGUUAAGUUGUCAUACUAACUUGUGGUAGAGGCACUGAUAUUCCGUGACUAGUCAUCAAGGGAUAGACAUGGUCCAGCUUCUGUACUCAAUAUAAUUAAGCUGGUACACUGGGGUACACAACAACACAUUAACUCAUACUGGUCUCACGCAAGGCUUUGUAAGCCAACCGUAUAGAAAAAAUGAACAAAACCAUUUCGUACGCAUCAAAUGGGACUUAGACAAAGAAUAGUGUAGUAUUUCAUGUGCAAGUAUGGGAAAUCUACAGAUAACCAGCAGGAAAUAAAGCUGUUUUGAUUUGU